AUGUGUAACACCGUCAUCCCCGGAAGAUACUGCGAGUGCGGGAAGAUCUUGGAAAUUUUCACGAGCUACGUCGAGGAAUGCGUCGUCAUCACGCAGGACGCCGAGAAGCAACCGGGGGACUGCGGCGAGAUGAACGAGAUGCGAGUGCCGGUGGACUGGGAGACUUGCCCUGGAGGCUGUUCAUCCUCCGGCAGCCCGGCCAUGGAAUCCACGCCUGGUCCCUCCCCGGAAGCCGACGACCACAGAAUCAAGGCCGAGACAUCUCGAGAGGACACCCCAGUGGCGACACCCGAUUCUUCGACUUGCUCACACCAGAGCCCGGCGAGUACUCCAGUAGCUGAAGGCGAGAAUCUUUCGGACGAGAACGAGAAUGAGGCCGAAAGACCAGCAGUUUCUCCGGCGUUCACACCCCAAGACGUCCCGGACCUCCUGAGCAAGCUCAUUCGUACGCUUGAGGGUAUGUCGGUAGCUCUUCAGGAUAUCAAGAGCCAGGUGGACCAUAUUCAACGCACUCCCGGCGUCGGGGGCGGUGGAAACAGCAACCAGGGUGGAGGGCGUGUCAUAGUCGUUGAGACUCCGACGAAUAUCGAGAAUGUUGUGAAGCUCGUCUUACGCAGCCAGUACGCAGCAAAGGGCGAGUGA